UCCUCCCUCCUUCCCUAUCAUUUCCCCCAACUAUCAGAUGCAGUGCAGCUAUGGGCUGGACGCAUCUCCAUCUUUGCCCUAAAACAAAUCCAGAGCUCCUCUUGUUAUUUUUUGAGGAAUCCACAUUCUGCUCUUCAGGCGAACAAACCACCACCACCGUGUUUGUCGCGCACCCUUUUGGCGCAAAGCUCUCACCGCUGGAUGGACGCGGAGCUCCAACUACCUGUUAGCACCUCGCAUUAAAAAACGGAGGAAUUUUGAGCGCACACUCGUUGAUGGACAGUGUGAGAGUGGAAAAGACCAAAACAGCUUAAGAGGAAAACUGCGCUGCAUCUUUUCCUCACCUAAUUUUUUGCCAUUUUUCUUUUUCUUGAGAAGAUGUCAAGUGGUUUGUGGUGACCUUGAGGUCGAAAAAUCCCGACAGUCUCGCUGUAAGGCGGAGGUGGAAGAAGGUGCGCGCCGAGGACCCAAUCGUGGGCGCACUCUCAUCAGGUUAUGACCGCGUUUUCUCACUUGGACACCAGGCUGCUCCUGCCGCUGAUGAUACUGAUAAUGGGAUGCUUGAUGGUUGGUGGAACUGCACCAGCUGCCCCAGUGAACGUGUCGGUAACCCAGCUGAGAGCCCAUUCGGCCAGGAUCACCUGGAAUGUUCCUCUGGGAGACACAGUGAUUGGAUAUGCCAUCUCGCAGCAGAGGCAAGACGGCCUGAUGCAACGCUCCAUUCGCGAAGUGAACACGUCAAGUCGCUGGUGUGUGCUGUGGGACCUGGAUGAGGACACACACUACAGUGUGCAGGUGCAGUCCGUUGGACUUCAUGGAGACAGUCAACCCAGCCAUGCCAUCCACUUCAGGACGCUAGAAAGAAGCGACCACUACCCAGCUGGAGUGCUGGACCACCACGAACCUGCUAUGGAGGGUUUGGGAAUGACGCCUCACCUGCAGACUGGAGAGUUGCUCAUCAUCACCACAGUGCUGCUGCUGUGGGCAGCUGUUAUCGCCCUAUUCUGCCGGCAGUACGACAUCAUCAAAGACAAUGACUCAAAUGGGACCCGAGAAAAGGCCAAGAGGCCGCUGGUUCCGGUUGCGUCCUCCUACUACAACGCCUCUCCUACUAGCUCUCCCAUCUACCAUAACGGUGCCAUUCACAGUGGCAGGCUUCACCGAGCCUCCUCAUCUAUCAGCAUUAUACGAGUCUGAUGGCUGUCCGGGGUCCUUGGAGGUACUUCAUCAGGGAACUUGCCAGGAUUUGAUCACAACAAACUCAAAGACUAAACCAACUUGGCUUAGGGCCUAUUUUAGUAGAGGAUAUGACAUAAGAAAGGCAACCGAGACUCAAAAACAAAUGAAAAUUUCCUAUCAAGAAUUAGGGAAGUGAUCAACUUGUUGUGGUCCCGGAUGUGGAGGGUCUACCGCUUUCCGUUUCCUGCCUGCCCGAAGGGACUCGUGGAAGACUGGCUCAAUUCCCAUAUCCGGUUUUGCUGCUCAAAGAUUCGCGUGAAUGUUAGCCAGCAUGAAAGGCACAUCUGCACAUCCCUGUGCUUUUGUUGUUGCUUUUUUUGGCGUAUGUGUGUGUGUCUUUGUUACUAAGUGCAGGGCAGUCAUAUUUUGCAAACCAACUAGAACUUGUGUGGAGUUUCAUUGUUUAGUCAAGGAUUGAAUAUUAUAUUACUAACACAAAAAUAACAAUAAUAAUGGCUUUUCCUCUGAGCGUAUUUUGUGGUACUCAAGACCACUUUAUACAGGAUUAAUGCAACAAAAUGAAUCUAAAUGCUUGAUCAUGAUUUUGAUGUCUGCCAAUAUUGUGGGGUCUUAUAGGUUCAAGACAGUUCUCUUCAUAUGCCACAUUUAUGCAUUGUGUACACCUAUCACUAACCUACCUUAGUAGUCAAGUCAUGAUUAGAGUAUAGAUUUGUAUGAAAAACACUUCUAGGCCAUUUUUGUAAAAUAUCAGACAUUCACACACAAAAAAAUAAUAAUUAACUGCUUUACCACACAUGCAACUUUUUGCAUGGGGUCCUUUGUUUAAUGCACUAAUUGACAUUUAGCCUUAAUUUACACUUUUAAAAUAAAGAUUCCUGAGUCCUCCCACUCUUCUAAUUCAAGGGACAAUGUUGACAUCUUGCUGUGAGAGGAAACCAAACAGGUUUUAAAACCACCACAGGUUUGAACGUUUUUCACUAGCAAUGAAUGUGUGUAAUUGACAAAAGCAAAAGCCACACGCUUUUACCAGUUGAUGAUGUGGAAUGAAAGAGUGGCAAUUUUCACAGAUGUAUUAUAGCUUUUGAAAUAGUUAAUUAAAUGGUCCAAUUAUUUACAUUAAAAUGCAUUGAGAUAAUGCACUUUUCUGAUGAUAAAUCCGAAGACAGAUUUUAAGGGCUUUAUCUGGCUCAGGAAACAGAAGACUAUAUUAUUCUCAUACUUUUUAGUUUAUGAUAAAGAUAUUCACAAUUUUUGGAGUAAACGGAUGGAGAGUUUGGGUCCCCAAAUGAAGAAAUACAGCCCUAAGAGUGACGAUGUACUUUUUCCACAGUUUUUCUUGGUAAUAUGUCGGGAAAUAUAUAUGGAUGCAGAGGAUGUCUGAUCAGUCUGAUAUAAUGUACAAAGAACAUGGUCUAUUUCAAUAAAAACGGAUUUUGACUUUCUUAUGCAUCGCGUCAUUUCGUCUCACGAACAGCAGAUGUCGCAUUAGCGCCAUAGUAAUUAAUACAAA